UAAAAGUUGGUUUGGCUUAUUUUGUCUCUUCAUACAUCCAUAUAUUUCACACUGUAGAAAUGGCUGCAGUUGAGAAACUGAGAAGUGUUAUCAACGAGCGACUAGCUGCAGCUGCCGAUGAAAUAUUUGGAGUUUUUUCUCAAACUUUAUCAGCAUACGAGGAGGAGAUUUGUCGUCAGCGCAGAUUAUUGGAUACCGUAUUGAAGCCGCAGAUAAAGCUGCACAAAACCGAGCUCCCUCAGCAACAUGUCUGUAAUGAGGAUGAGGUUCUCAGUGACCAGCAGCUCUGUAGUCAGGAAAGGAACUCCAGUCUGGACCAAGAGGACCCAGAGCCUCCACAGAUUAAAGAGGAACAGGAGGAACUUUGCACCAGUCAGGAGGAAGAGCAGCUUGAACUAAAGCAGGAGACUGAUGUCUUCAUGGUGACUCUUACUGAUGAGGUAGGGAGAGGCAGACGGAAGAAGCUGGCUGGUAAAUACAGAACUCAGAAGAGGAAAGCAGAGGAAACUGAGGAUUUAGAGGUCCAAGAAGACAGCACUGAGUCUCCAACCAGAGAGAGAAAGGGGAGGAAAUGCAAGAAAGAUGUCAGUCCUUGUCCAAGUAAAACUCCAGAGCGGUCCCCAGAGGGUUCCAGGUCUCCUCAGCGGUCUGAAAGGUCUCCUCAGCAGUCUGAAAGGUCUCAUCAGCAGUCUAAGGGGUCUCCUCAGCAGUCCCAAGAGUCUCGGCAGCAUUCACCUUCUCCCCCUCCUCCUCUUAACAGACAGCCCGAAUCCUCGGAUGAUGAAGAUGAGUCAGCUUCCCCCGCCCUCCCUGCUGGCAAGUCCAAGUCCAAGCCUGAAGUGAGCAAGGGCGACAAAGGGAAAGGCAAGGCCCAGAAUGAGAACCCACCCCCUGGUGCAUCAUACAGCUUCACAGAGGCACAGGAGGAGGCAAUCGCUCACUGGGUGGAGAGUAACAAGGUACUGUAUGACAUGAAGGACAAACAGUACAAAGACAAGGCAUUAAGGAGGCAACUAUGGGAGGGAAAGGCUGCGGAGAACGGGAUGGAUUAUCAUUCAAUUCAGAAAUGGUACCACACACAGAGGACUCGAUUCUCGAAGCUGCGGGAGGGCCAACCCAAGAAGAAAUCCCAGAAGAGGUUCGGUGAUGGUCUGUCGAGUGGUGACGAGGAAGACCCCAUCCUUGCUGAGGUGGCCAGUGAGAAUGACAGUGACCGUGACAAGUUCAUCCGCCGGGUCUUUGGGUUCAUGAAGCCACACAUCAGACGUCACAAGAAAGAUACACCAGCUAGUUUUAAGGACAAGUUGGCCCUGGCUGAGACGGGUGAGCUGGCUGGGAGUGACGAACCCAGGGAGCCCACCAAGAGGUACACUGGCUACCCUACACCGAGACCUCCUUCCAGGACAGGAACAGCUGUUGAGGACCGACCCGAGUCUCCUACUAUGGAGAUGAGAGUUACCGGAGCAUCCCGUGAUCUCCAAGAUAGGCUGGUUCAGUUCAUCACUCGAGAGCAGCAAGUCAACAGGGCCACUCCUUUCUGCAAGUACCUGGAAACCGAACUGGAUCGUCUGCAUGAUGCCUGCCUGGAACCUGCGUAUGAGGAGAUCACCACAGUUCUUAACCAUUACCGGAAGGUGUCCAGACAGUUCAGGAUGCGGGAAGCGGCUGGUGACCAGAUCAGUCCCUUAGAAGAUGUCCCGUCAGCAUUCCAGUCGCAGCAGCCGCAGCAGCAGAGGCCAGUUGCUGUGAUCCCAGUCUGCACAUCUGCCACCUACUCAAGACUAGGGAUGGGAAUCGAGAACCGGUACUAAGUCAGUACUGGUACUUGAUUGGACGGUAUUGGUAUACCAUUAAGCCGCUGGACAAACGGUGCUGCUAUCGGUAUAUGAAUUACGCUACUUCCUUAGUUUAAACAAUUCUGGUUGGUUGGGAACCCUCAUCCAGUUUGAGUGCCACUCUGAUUGGCCACUGUGAAUGCCACUCGUCAUGUCUCCUAACAGCGCUCUUCUUAUUGUGAGACUCCCGGGGGCAGACUAUAGGGGCAGACGCAACAUCUUGCUAGAAACAGCGUCUCAAGGCUUCUUAACAUUUAACAACCUAUUAAUGAUGCAUACCCACUUAACGGGAAGAAACUCACCUAACAGACGAUAUUAACCAUUUUACCUACACGGAACAGAAGUCCAACACCAAGAGUCUAAAUCAACACAUAGCAAAACGAGCUAACGGGGCUAACGGCUACUUUAGCACAUAACUGGAAAAAGCAAUCUUUUCUACGUCAUUAGCCUCAUCUCAAUACCCCUCCUCGACUCCUCUCUUCCCCUCCUCCGGGACUUGACCCGGAAAUCGAUCAAGACAC